UAUAUUAAGUAAUAAAUAUAGAAAAAUAUGCCAUUUCAAUUUGCUUUCGUGUUCUGUGUUCUGAACGUCUUGGUCCAAGGAUACCAUAUAACGCAAGUGGAACCUGAAUCCUCGGUAGAAGCCCAUUCUGCUGGAGGUGUCUCAUCAGGAGCUCCUAUUAGUUUCCCCGAAGUGCGACCGGCUCCUGGAUCGCAGGCUAAUACCCCAGCUGCUCGUCCAGUUGCUCCUCGUAUUGUGUCUUCUUAUGGUCGUCGUCAAACUGGAUCUAACACUCGUCCAGCUGUUAUCGGUAGCGCUGGACGUGCUAUCGGCGGAGGAGCUAACCAUGCCCAGAAUCGCAAUAGGAUUCAUAAGCCAUACUAAUUCUAAAAGUUGAUUUAG